AUGACCUCUAGGUUCUACGUGAAUCAAUCAUACUCUGUACGGUACAUCCUCGAGGCCCUAGGUCUUCGACUCAAGCUAGCGUUGGGCGCCGUGAACUUCGGUAAUGCAACGGCUUGCUAACCAUGAUCCACCUAUUCGACCGCGAUUUCCGCGAUCUUAACGGGAUCACCAACGCUCGCGAUACCUAUAUCCAGCUUACACUGUCCGCCGUUCUUGGACUUGUCGGCUUCUUCUCCUUCUGUAUCUUGCGACCAAGAUGGACGGGCUUAUACGCUGCGAGGAAGAAGCAAAACGAUGAGGCGACAUCGCUCCCCGAGCUCCCCAACACAUUAUUUGGAUGGAUUCCAACGUUAUGGAGUAUUACGCCAGAGCAAGUUCUCGCAUCUGCUGGACUCGAUGCUUAUGCGUUCCUUGCCUUCUUCAAGAUGGCCAUCAAGUUCAUCGUUGUAACGCUCUUUUUCUCUUUGAUCGUCAUCAAACCUGUCCACGACCAAUAUCCGGACGAUGAUAAGAAGAUCCACAAGAAUGAGACGUCAGACAUUUCCCUUGUCUACAAUAAGCAUCCUACCACCCUGGAGGUUUCCGACCGGUAUAAAAUCGCUCGCAUGUACGAUGCCGACUAUCUAUGGAUGUAUCUUGCAUUCGCAUAUUUCUUUACCGGACUUGCAAUAUACCUUAUGAUUGUCGAAACAACUAGUUUGAUCAAGAUUCGCCAAGAGUAUCUAGGCUCUCAGACAACCGUAACCGAUCGAACAAUACGUCUCUCUGGUAUCCCCCCCGACUUACGCUCCGAAGACAAGAUUCAAAAGUUCAUCGAAGAUCUCGAUAUUGGCAACGUGGAGACGGUAUAUCUCUGUUGCGAUUGGGAGAGGCUGGACAUUCGUAUGAAAGAGAGAACACACAUCCUAAGAAAGGUGGAACGAGCCAAGGUUACACAUAUGCGGAACAAAAAGCGGAAAGGAAAGUAUCCAGACCAAGCAACAAGUUCCCAUCCAGGCAUUUCCGAACUCGAAGAAAGUCCCCUGAUCGGCAAUGGUCAAGAAAGCAUCAAGGAUGACAGCCGUCCGACAAAGCGCCUUUGGUACGGUCGCUGGUGGAGGUCGAAGAAAAUUGAUGCGAUCGACUACUACGAAGAGAAGCUGCGAAGGCUUGAUGAGGAGAUACGGUCACUAAGGCAAAUGGAAUUUGAGCCCGCAUCCAUCGCUUUCGUUACCAUGGACAGCGUUGCCACCUGUCAAAUGGCAUGCCAGGCUGUACUGGAUCCCUCUCCGAUGCAGCUCAUGGCGAAUAAGAGUCCCUCUCCGAACGAUGUGAUUUGGAAGAACACAUAUCUUCCACGGUCGACUCGCAUGUUCCGUGCUUGGAGUAUUACCUUCUUCAUGGUCUUUCUAACGAUCUUCUGGUCUGUUGUCCUGGUCCCAAUUGCCGGUAUCCUGGACCUUGCCACGAUCCACAAAAUCUGGCCCCAGCUUGGUGAUUUCCUUGACAAUCACAAGACCGCUCGCUCGAUUGUUCAGACUCAGCUUCCUACUUUGAUUCUAUCUCUUCUGAAUGUCGCCGUGCCGUACCUCUAUGCUUGGCUUUCAAGACGACAAGGCAUGACAUCGCAGGGGGAUGUGGAGCUGUCGGUGAUCUCUAAGAACUUCUUUUUCACGUUUUUCAACUUCUUCGUCAUCUUCACUGCCUUGGGGACUGCGUCCCUCUCGCUAGACAAUAUUGGAAACGAAUCGCUCAGAGAGACUGCAAACAAGCUUGCGCUGUCUAUCCAGGACCUCCGGAAAUUCUACGUCAAUUAUGUCAUUCUGCAGGGCGUCGGACUUUACCCGCUACGGCUGCUUGAGUUCGGGAGUGUGGCUCUCUAUCCGGUGUGGAUGCUAAUGGCAAAGACACCUAGAGAACGUGCGCAAUUGAUCCAACCCCCUGUUUUCAGUUACGGUUUCUAUCUACCGCAGACGAUUCUCAUCUUCAUGAUAUGCAUCGUUUACAGCUGCUUGAGGGCAUCCUGGGAGGUACUCUUUGCCGGGCUCGCGUAUUUCCUGAUGGGAUACUUCUGCUACAAAUACCAGCUUCUUUACGCUAUGGAUCACCGCCAAGCCUCGACCGGCAAAAGUUGGAUGAUGGUUUGCAAUCGAAUCGCCGUCGGCCUGGUAGUUAUGCAAAUCACCAUCGCCGGGCAGCUCGCGCUGCGAGGCGCAGUAAGACGAUCGGUUGGAAUGCUUCCGUUGAUGCUGGCAACCAUAUGGUUCAGCCACGUCUUUCGCAAGAAUUACACGCCUCUGAUGACGUUCAUUGCGCUGAAAUGUAUACGAAAGGCGGAGCAAAUCGGCACGGUGGAAGAACGCGAUCAUGACAGCUACGACGCCGCCGCUCGAAGAUACGAGUCCGCUACCUCGGAGCGGUCAUCCCUUGAGGGGAGAAGCAACGUCUCGAAGCGAUUCGUAAAUCCCAAUCUUGUUCUCCCGUAUGUAUUGCCCUACAACCUCAUCAGACGAUUUCUAAAUGAUAUAGGCUCGAACCACCCUGGUUGACGGAUGAAGACAGGCGAG